AUGGUAUCAUCUUCGAUGAUUAACGGUGAUAUACCACUUGCAAAAAAUGCAUGUGUUAUUAGGCCGAAAGUUAAUGUAAAUCUACAUAUAUCCUUAAAAAAUAGAAAGAAUGCAAAGAACGGUGCCGCAAAUGUUUCUCAUAAUUUACAAAGACAUGUUGAAAAGCGUAUUAACGAAAGAUCGCUGUAUUAUGCUGCUAAGGAAAAAUACUAUAGAAACAAAGGAAAGAAAUAUGAUAAACUUCGUCAAAGUGUUGAAUGUGGGGAAUCCCAUAUAUUGAAAGAAUAUUAUCAUUCACGUAAUCGAGUUAAAAGAUGCUCAAGAAAGCAUAAGAAGCAUAAUUAUGAAAAAUGUUCCGUGUGUAAAAGUCUUGUACAACGAUAUCUUGUAUUAGGGGAAAAUGCCAAUGAAAUUGUUGAAAAAAUUAAUGAAAAGACAAAUGACAGUAUGUGCAAUUCGAUUUGUAACGCAGAUCGAAAUUCCAAAAUGAACGAAUUGAUCAAAGGAGAAGUCGAAGAAAACUAUAGUACAACUAAACGGAUUACACCGGCGGCACCAGUUCGAAAAUUUGAUAUUGCUGAAAAUAUUAAAAAUGAUGAUGUCACUAGAUUGUCAAAAAAUGAGUCAAAUUUGGAUAUUAACAAUGAAAAAGAUUUGAAUUCUUAUAAUUUGUCAAACAUGAAACAUAUUGUACUUUCACAUGAUAAGAAAUUAGGGGACACUUAUAUUAUAUCGAACAAAGAUAUACCUGAUUUAGAAAAUAGAGUAGAACAAAAAGACAAUAGUUAUCAAUUGGUUAAGUGCGAGAAUCAAUCUAAUGACAUAUCAACAAAGGAAUACAUGUACACAAUUUUUGCUGACCUCAAUGUUUCUGAAAUGAUAGAUUUGAUGAAUGGAAAAUCAUCGAAUAUCACACCUGUUAAGGAAGAACAAUCACAACUCAAUAUUGCUUUAGAUGAAAUAGAAAAAAAAAUUAGUAUAAAAAAGUUGGCUGAUCAAUCACUUAAUUCAGAAAAUUGCAUAGUAGAUGAUAAGAAAUCUGUGAAAUUAGAAAAAAAAAGAAAGUUGAAGAAAAAAGCUUCAAAUUUGGUUAAGCUUUCUGAAGAAGGUGAUGUUGAUAAUGAAUCAAAUUGCUCAAGUAAAAGUUCUGGUAGUUCAUCACGUUGUUUUAAAAGAGGAAAAACUAUAUUAAAAAAGAAAUCGUCGUCGAGUUGUUAUAAUAGUGAUAAGUUUACUCAGGUUGAAAAAAAAGAACUGAAGGAAAAGAAAUCCUAUAAAAAUAAGCAUGCCUCAAAUGAAUUAAUUGGUUCAAAAAAUCACCAGUUUACCAAAAAGACAUUUGUUUCUAGAAAUCUUCAAAUUGCUAAAGAAAUUUAUAAUAAAGAUGAAACUUUAAAAAACAAUAAGGCUAUGAAAAAUAAUAUUAAUAGUAAUUCUGAAACAAUAACAUCAUAUGAGAAGGUUGAGAAUGGAAAAGAUGUAUGUGACUCAUUUAAGUUAUCUAAUCAAUCAACAGCAUUAGGAAGUAGUACGGUAUUAGGAAAAUAUAUCCCUUUGGAAAUAUAUCAAAAAGAAAAAUAUUGUUGCAAACAGUUAGAGAGAGAAGUUGCUAGAGAGGAUGAAAUUGUUAUUGAGGAUGAAAUUAUUAGUGAAAAUGUAAUUGUUAUUGAGGAUGAUAUUAUUAGUGAGAAUGUAAUUGUUAUUGAGGAUGAUAUUAUUAGUGAGAAUGAAGUUACUAACGAAGAUGAAAUUACUAGUGAAAAUGAAAUUGUUAGUGAGAAUGAAGUUGCUAGUGAAAAUGAAAUUGUUAGUGAAAAUGAAAUUGUUAGUGAGAAUGAAGUUGCUAGUGAAAAUGAAGUUGCUAGUGAAAAUGAAGUUGCUAGCGAAAAUGAAAUUGUUAGUGAAAAUGAAGUUGCUAGUGAAAAUGAAAUUGUUAAUGAGAAUGAAAAUGUUAGCGAAGAUGAAAUUGUUAGUGAGAAUGAAAUUGUUAGUGAAAAUGAAGUUGCUAGUGAAAAUGAAAUUGUUAAUGAGAAUGAAAUUACUAGUGAAAAUGAUUGCAGUGAUAAAUCUGACUUAGGACACCAUUAUAACGAUGAGAAAUUAUUUUAUGAAAGCUAUAAAUUAAAAGAUAGUGAUGCAAAGAAAAUCGAUGAUGAACAACCAGAGGGAGAAACACCUAUAAAAAUGGGUAAGAGCGACAAAAUUAAAGAAACCAAUCAUUCUAAUACAAAGAAAGCUCAUGUCAAUAAUUUAACACAAGAAGAACACCGUAGAUUACUUGAAUAUUAUGACGGAAAAUUGCCAUCAACAUUUUAUAACGAGGAAAAUUUUGAAAACCCAUUUAAAGCAAACGACGAAGGUUCAGAAGAACCAGAUUACUCAAAUUUAUUUUUGGGCUCUUUUGACAUUAAUAAGAAAGAUGAAACUGAAGAAAAUUCAGCUAUAGAGUCAAACAAUAACAAAUUUACUAGUUCCUUUUUUCCAUCAAGUUUUUUUAAUUCAGAUGAACCUAUUAUUGCUAAUGAAAUAUUUGGAUUACCCAAUACUGAGAAUAAUGAUGUAGAUACACCUGUAAAAUUUAAGAAUUCAUUUGAAACUACAAAAGAUAAUUUAAAUACAAAGAAAGAUAAUAAUAAUGCAGUAGAAAAAAAAGAUAGACAAAUUAUUAAAGAAGAAAAAAAUAAUUCACGUAAAAGAAGUAAAAAUAUUCGAUUUGAAUCAUCACCACAAAGUAAUAAGAAAUUUAAAUACUCCAAUAAUUAUAUGAACAUUAAUAAUGUAGUAGAAAAAAACGAUGAUCAAGAUACUCAAUAUGAAGAAGAAAAAAGACAAAAUUUACUUAAAAACACACGUGCUAAAUCAUAUAGUUCAAUAAUUAAAAAAAACUGCAAGCUUAUGUCUUAUGGACAAAAUAAGGAUUACGAUAGUAUGCCAAAAACAAGUAUUAAAAAAAAGGUUAGAUUUCAAAAAGAAGUGACAAUAAUACCUAACUUACCCCUCAAAAAAAAUAAUAUCGAUUUUCCUAAUUUAAUUAAUGAAAACAAUAAUAUGCUUAUUUCUUAUGAACAAAAUAGAAAUAUUAAUAAUGUAAUAGAAAGACAGGGUAAUCAAAAUGUUUCAAUUAAAAAAGAAAUAAAAAUUAAUCCAUCGAAAUUGGAUAAUGUGAAUAAUAAUAUUAUGAAUUUAAAUAUUGUAACUAAGAAUAAUGCCAAAAAUAAAUAUAUGAAUUCGGUUAAUGAUACGUGCCAAAAUAGAGAAAUAUGUACUCCUAUCCAUAUGACCCAUAAAAAUAAUAACGAAAUAUUCAAAAGUAGAGAAACAGAAAGCCUUAGUAAAUCGUUACAAAAAAGAGACAUGUAUAUAAAGCAAGGGUUGUAUAAAGAUAUCGGAAUGGAUCUUAUUAAUGUAGUACAUAAACUUAGAGAAGAAAAAGCCAUUAGUGAACAACAUGAAGAGAAAAAAAUUGAACCCACUAAUGAAUUAUCCAAAAAUACAGGGAUUGAUUCGAAUGAUGAAGCUUCAAUGACAACAGAAUUUAAAACUGUUGAUGAAAUACUUGCAGAGAACGAACGUCGAAUUCUUAAUUAUUAUGCAAUGUUAGACAAAGCUGAAGCCAUUAAGAAAGAACAAGAAAUUAAAAAUAGUGCUGAUAAAAUUUUAAUAAAGAAAGAAAAAGAAAUCAACAAUAGCACUAAUGAAAUUUUAAUAAAGAAAGAAAAAGAAAUUAAAAAUAGUAUUGAUAAAAAUUUAAUAAAGAAAGAAAAAGAAAUUAAAAAUAGUAUUGAUAAAAAUUUAAUAAAGAAAGAAAAAGAAGAACCUAUUGUAGUUAAUAAUAAUAAUUUAAGCCCUUUAAAUUCAAGAAAACGAGCACUUAGUGAGAAACCUACGCCACCAAAAAAAUAUACAAAGAAAAUACUGAAAAGAAAUGUAAAUAAGAGUGCCUCAUGUUCACCAUCUCAAAGCCGCCAUUCUUUAUCUGAUAAUAAAAAUAUAUAUGCCAAAAAUGACAUGAAAGACAUAAAAACGCUAGAAAAAUCCAACAAUGUAAACGACCAUAACGAAAAUAGUCAUUAUAGCGAAGGUGGUGCUACAGAUUCGUCUGCCGCAGCACAGUCGUCAGUAGAUAAAAUGUAUGAAAGAUACCUUAAAUAUGCUGGUACCAAACGAGAUUGGGAAAAUAGAUUUGUAGAGGGUAAAUCAAAUCCAUUUAGUAAUGGCCAACCGUACCAUAACGAUAUAUUAGAAAAGCAUACUUCCUGUUUAAUAUCGGAACGAACACAAAGACAUUUAGAAAAACGAUCGUAUGAAUUUCAAAAACAAAAAGAAAGAGAAAGAAUGAAUCGAAAUUCGACAAGAAGACCCGUAGUAGAAGCUCCUAAAGUUAAAGAGUAUAAUUGUAAAGUACUUACAGAAUAUUGGGAUUGGGAUAAUGAACAAACUAAAGAAUUUUGGAGUUGGGAUAAGAAAGAUAAUUUAAAUUUUUGGAACAUGGAUUAUGACAAUGCUAAAAAAUUUUGGAUGUGGGAAAAAGAAAAACAAGAAACAUGUGAAAAUAUAUCAAAUAACACAAUGAAUUUAGAAAAUGAAGAUAUAUUAAAUAUUAUAAAAGAAAUUAUAGAAUCUCGAAAUAUCAACAUCCCAACUACAAAUACCCAAAAUCUCGAAAAAAAUAUAGACAUAUCAACAAGUACCCCAAUUCUAGAAAAAAAUUAUAUGCCACAAAAAAAUAUUCCCAAAACACCAAAAAAUACUCCAACACCACCAAAAAAUAUUCAAACAACACCAAAAAAUAUUCCAAAAACACCAAAAAAUACUCCAACACCACCAAAAAAUACUCCAACAUCAAAAAAAAAUACUCCAACACCAACAAAAAAUACUUCAACACCAACAAAAAAAUAUUCAAACAAUAUCAGAAAAUAA